ACUCAGCAGCCCCUGUCGUUCCUAGCGGCUGCACGAGCGCGCUCGGCAUGCUCUUGGGGCGGCCUCCGCGGAAAUCUUGAUUGCUGCUGCUGCUCUAAUUCGGGCAAUUUGUCUUCUCGCUUACUAGCCCGCCUGUGGAAGCUCUUGACCUUCGUGGUUGCUCUUCCUGGAGUUGGUGUCUGCAUGCUGAACUGCUACUUAAAAGGACAGCACGAGCAUGAAAGACCCGAGUUUAUUCCUUAUGCUCACCUCCGGAUCAGGACCAAGCCUUUCCCCUGGGGUGAUGGGAACAAAAGUCUAUUCCACAAUCCCCAUGUUAAUGCUCUCCCAACUGGUUAUGAAGACGAAAACUAAGAUCUUGACCAUAGCCACAACUUUGGCUCCUUCUGCAUUUGGACCAGAAUGUUGUAUGGGAACCAUCGUUUAAGAAACUCUGCAUUCCUUCUACUAUCAAGUCGAAUGGUGUCGCGACCUCUGUUAUGUGCUUGCGUAGAGGUCCUUUAAAUAAAAACUCCUAACUUGAA